AUGCGGGUGCCACUCUGCCUGUUGCUGCUCGUCGCCCACGCCGCGGACAUGCUCCCCCUGAACAGAAGGAGAAAGCAAGUGGGCACUGGUCUGGGGGGCAACUGCACAGGCUGUGUCAUCUGCUCAGAGGAGAACGGCUGCUCCACCUGCCAGCAGAGGCUCUUCCUGUUCAUCCGCCGAGAAGGUAUCCGCCAGUACGGCAAGUGUGUGCAUGACUGUCCCCACGGCUAUUUCGGCGUCCGUGGCCAGGAGGUGAACAGGUGCAAAAAAUGUGGGACCACGUGCGAGAGCUGCUUCAGCCAGGACUUCUGCAUCCAGUGCAAGAGGCGGUUUUACCUGUACAAGGGGAAGUGUCUGCCCACCUGCCCACUGGGCACUGCAGCCCAGCAGAGCACGCGGGAGUGCCAGGAGGAGUGUGAGCUGGGCCCCUGGGGCAGCUGGAGCCCCUGCAUGCAUCGCGGGAAGACCUGCGGCUCAGCCUGGGGCCUGGAAACCCGGGUACGAGAAGCCGGCCACGCCGAACAGGAGGAAGCAGCCACCUGCCAGGUGCAGUCCGAGUCGAGGAAAUGUGCCAUCCGGAGGCCCUGCCCAGGAGAGAGAAGCCCCAGCCCGAAGAAGGGCCGGAGAGACCGGCGCCCGCGCAAGGACAGGAAGAUGGACCGCCAGCUGGACGUGAGGCCCCGCCGGCCGCAGGCCUGA